AUGAACCACCUUCGAUCGGCAGCGGUCGCUGGGCCAGGACCACAGACAUGGCUGUAUCGCUCGGGCCUGGCUAUGAAGCCUCGCCCGUCUCUUUAUGCGUGUCUUUCCAAUCCGAUCUCCACCAGACCACUGCAUACUUCUUCAACAACUUACGGUGCCAGGACUGGACAUUACUCUGGCGAUCGACCCGACAGAGCAUAUCGACUUCCAACCAGACCGUCUACUUACAAGUUGGCAAAGCCUUCAGCUGACCAAUCGGCGCCGCCGAAACCUGAUCCUCCAGAGGAUGUAAUUUUACUUGGUGCUCCCCCGGACUACCCCAUCGACGACCUGGUAUAUCAGCUACACGAAUCGCUCGACGAGUUAUCUCUUAGCUCUGCCAUAAAAGCUUGGGCUCAGUUAUGGGACCUCGGAUGCGUCUCACGUCUUUCUUUGCCUGAUUUCGAACAUAUUUCCAAUUGUAUCUGGAAAAUCCUCUUUGCUCAAAGAACGUAUCCUCAUCUCGGUAGAAUGGCUGUUCGUCAUCCUAGUGAUUUUGGACAUUUAAGGAAUAUGGCAGUUGAAUCUGCUGCUAGAAGUCACUGUUCCGGAUUAUACGGAUUCAUGUUAAAGUUGAUUGGAACAGGAAGACCUAAAGAUGUAGUUGAUGCUUUCGAGAAAUGCAAAGAGAGAAUGAGAGAUGUUCAAGGUAAAAAGAAAGAAGAUUUAGUUUCAUGGGAUAGAGAAAAAAGACUUUCAGCAAGAUUAGAAGGAGAAGGAUUGAAAGAUAUUAUGAUGAUGAAUAUUGCAGCUCACACAUUAUUGGGAACCCUCGAUGAAUUUGCUUUAUUCUCAAUGUUAGACAGUCAAGUGGAUCUUCGACCUUCUUCACCAUUCGAUUUUAGACCUAUUGAACGAGCUUUUAGAGCUUGUCAAGCUGGAGAUCAAACGUAUGAUCAAUUUCGAAAGAAUGUGGAUAAACUGGUUUUGUCUCUGAUGUGUUAUCAUCCGAAUGCACUUAUAGCAAGAAUAAUGACACUUGGUACGCAAAGAUCAUCGGAUCAAUUAGAGAAGCUAUAUGACAAGGUUCUUGAAGCUUCGAUUGGACCACAUGCGUUCUUGCGGCCAAGAGACCUAAGUGAUUUUGGUACAGUCCAUCGGAAUAUUCCUAUACCUCCUAACAUAUGGAUGCAGUUCAUUAGAGGAUUUGAAUGGCGUUCCGACGUGGAUCGUAUUGCUAAAAUGAUGGAUGAAGAUCUACCUCAACGUGGAUUAAAGCCAGAUGCUGAAUUCUUGUCAAUGGCAAUGUUGCAUAUGGCAAUUAUCGCUCAUCGAAGAAAUGCUCCUUCUUCAGUGCGAUUGAAAGCUCGAGAUUGGGUCGACGAAUAUUGGCGUCGACUCAGUUCUGCCGGUUGGCACACUAAAGACGGAUCUUUCGCAAGACGAAUACGGACACUCAGUAUACUAUCUUUUGAUGAACGUAGACUUCAAUCUGAGAUAAAGAAUCUUUACAAAGCUGCUAAAGAAGGUCAUUUAGGCAGGAUCGGAUCUCAAACUCGAGCCUCUUUCAUAGAAUUUUUCAUGAAACACGCUGGCCAGAAUGUGGCUUUGAAAAAAUCAUGGGAGGUCUUACAAGUCUUCCCCUUUGAUAAAGAUAAUAAAGAAGAUGAUCUUGAUAUAGCUGUAUCGGUCUUCAUCCGUCGGUUGGCGCUAGGACCAUGGAAAGGUGAAGAAAAACUGAAAAUGAUGAAAAAAGUUUUGAUACUAUUUGUAAAAAAUGGAUUUCAAGUUCAAUCGCAUGCUCUGGGACCGUUAUUAUCCAUUCAACUCUCAGGUGGAUUACCUAUCAAAGAUACGAUUGAAACUAUCUUAGAAGCUACAAGAGAUAAAGUUGCUCCUGACCACGGUAUACAGAGAUGGACAAAGGUAUUAUAUGGUUUAUUGACCAAAUGGACGCAUAGCAUUUCUGCUUCAGUACUAGAACUACAAGCUGGUCUAUUCAUACUUGAAAAAUCAACAGAAAUGGAACUGUAUGGUACGACCAGAUCUAGACAAGUUGGAAUGUGGAUGUCAUUCAUUGGACCAGCUGCCAAGUCAACUCAUACCAACGCGGCGCAAAGACAAGAAUUCAUCGAAAUCGCUUUAAAUUUAUUUCCAGGUGGAAAAGAUAAUAUCUCCAUGAACAUGUAUUUUGAAAUUAUUCAGAUGUGUUUCAACAGACCUGAUGGUGCCGGAUAUGGAGAAGGAUGGAGAAGAUGGCAAGAAAUCAAGAAUCUUAGAAGAAUUCCGCCGAUUUGGUGGAGUCGAUUAUUAUCAUUAUCUUUGAAACACAACAAACAAGAAUUCGCAUUGGAAUUAGUGAAAGACGCAUGGCAAUCUAAUGAAAUAGAUACAACAGAAGGUUUCUUCUUACGUGCUAAAGCAGCUGGAUUGAUGUCAAAAUUAGGUUUAGAUGAUCAAUUAGAAAUUGAACAGAUCGCCUCUGUAAACAGACAAAAUGUACGUAACGGAAAGAGAAGACACCGAGAACCAUUAGCUUUUGCAGAGGAUUCGCGUGAACAAUCAUGGGAUAUAAAUGGAGUCGAAAACGAGGAUGUAGUGGACAUUCUGGAUGAAGAUAGUGAUGUUAUAGAAGUGCUCGAAGAAGUCGGGGAAGAAGAUUUGAGUGAUUGA